AUGUCAGACCUGUCAGGGUCACGUUCACCCGUACCCCCACCGCCACCUCCUCCUCCAAAGUACUCGCGUGCUGCGCACGCCCUUGCCCGGUUCGCGCCUUUCUUCUCCGGAUCGAGACCCCCCAGUCCGCAGAAUAACCGGGUCGAUGGUCCCCGGCCGAUCAGGUCUAAAUCACUCCCAGGUGAACCACAAACAGUCACCCAUCGGACUGGUAUCCCCAUUGCGGCCCUCGACAUCUCCCCCGAACGAACGCAUGCCGUGAUCGCGGGCAAGGAGAUUCUCAAAACUAUCCGAGUCUCGCCUGACCAUUCAUCGGAGGAAUUUAAUAUUCGCAAUGCAGUGGUGAGCUAUGCAUCCACCCAGAAUGAUGCGAAUGUAUCGAUACCACAUAAGGACCAGUUGAAUGUAAAGGAUGUCAAGUGGUCACAUGGUAAUUACGACCGGAUAAUCGCGACUGCGGUUGCCAAUGGCCGGAUCGUCGUUUACGACCUGCAGCGGCCCGGCCUCCAAUUAUGUCGCUUCCAGGGCCACAACCGCCAGGUUCACAGACUCGCCUUCAAUCCCCAUCUCGCCUCUUGGCUGCUGUCCGGUAGCCAAGAUGGAAGCAUCCGUAUGUGGGAUCUGCGAACCGCCUCUGCGAAUCGUAGUCUUUCCACCUGCGGCAGCAAACAUGUUUAUCAGGGCAAUAGCGAUGCUAUCCGAGAUGUCCGGUGGUCCCCCACCGACGGCGUCGUAUUUGCGACCGCUUCGGACAGCGGCGCUAUUCAAAUGUGGGAUUCACGCAAGACCACCGCCCCGCUGAUGCGAAUUGCGGCUCACGAUCGCCCGUGUUUCGCCGUCGACUGGCAUCCAGACGGGAAACAUAUUGUCAGCGGAGGCACAGAUCGGCAGGUCAAAGUUUGGGAUUUCUCCUCUGUAGAGCGACGGCAGAAACCUGCGUUUCAGUUCCGGACCCCCCAGCCCGUGACGAAUGUCCGCUGGCGUCCGCCAUCAUGGGUGGGUGAUUCGCCCGGUUCGGGAGAGUGGCAAUCUUCUCAAAUAGUCACUUCCUAUGACAAAGAAGACCCGCGUAUCCAUCUCUGGGAUCUUCGCCGUUCACAUGUCCCUUUCCGUGAGUUUGAUCGGUAUGAUACACCGGCAAGCGACUUGCUCUGGCAUUCCAAAGACCUGCUGUGGACCGUCGGCGAGUCCGGCGUAUUUACUCAGACCGAUGUUCGAUAUGCACCCACAUUGGUCACUCGGCGGCCGACAUGUUCAGUCGCCUGGAGCCCCCAGGGUGCGUUUGCUGCCUUUGGUCAUCAGCGUCCUCGACGACGACCUCGUGGUGUCGAUGUCUCCGAAUUUCUCCAUCUCGAAGACGACACAGCUAGUACCGGGGAAAAAUCUUUGAGCCAAAGUCCCGCAGAUGACAUUCUUGAUGAAGUGUCACUAUCUUCCUCAUUUCGCUCUCGGCAGACUCAGCCUACCGCCCUCCGCCCCUCAAAGUCCUUGGGUAGUACACCACCUGCAGCCGUGGACUUCAUCCCUAUUGUACCCCUGAACGAAGCAUUGGCCAAGAUCUCCACGCCAGGCCCUGAGCAGCUGGGGACAAUUGGAAGUAUACCCGGUGCAACGAAUGAUGAAUCUCUCUUUCGAUUCUUGGCGCGUCACUAUUCGCCUCUGAUGAAUACAUAUGACGACAGGAAAAGCCGUGUCGAUGCGCUUAAUUCCCUGAUGGACUCGCUUGACCAUAAUGCUGAGUGUGCGGAUGAUGUAUCACAGGCAAAACUGGCGCAAACAUGGCGCAUUGUCAAAUUUGCGAUCAUCCAAGAGCUUCAACGCAGGUCGAGAAAGCAGUCGGCUAGUAACAAAAGUGGCGUGAAAGGCAAGUCAUCCAAGGAUGGCCUUCUAGCCGAUAGGUCACGGCCAACCGAUGACAAUCGCCAAGGAAAGGUCAAGAAUCGAUUGCUCAAGGGGGUGAUGGACGCAGAAGGCCAAAGGAGUUUGAAUCCGGAUGCUGAAAGCACUUCGAACAUGACUACCCCUCUAGCACAGCCGUUGCCAGAUUCUCCUCACAUGGACGACUCAUGGAGUAGUGACUCUCAAAUCCCUUCAAUAAGUGAUAAUGCGAUUGAUCUUGACCCACUACCACCAUCAGUGCUGAGCUCACACAAUGGCUGGAGUAUGCCUGAUCGUGAAGAUCGUCUAAUUGCACCUUUGCCCUUGCUACAGGCUCAGUCGGCAUCAAGUGGUGACACUCACAACUCUGCGGGGAUCAUGGCCGACCGUCUCCGUGAUCCACUGUACGACCCAGAUAGCGAUCAGAGAUCAGCACCUCGGGCAAUCACUGGCAGAUCCGACUGGAGGGUUCGUAAUCAUCCGGACUACCCUCGGAGAGGCUCCGAAGAGGACUUUGACCAGAAGAUGGAGCAUAAGCGAGCAGCUCUUCGAGACUACAAACAAUUUCCCAAGACAGUACUGACACUGGAUACUCCCAUGGAUUCAAAUCGACCACCCCGACCGGAUGGGUACAACCGACAUGAUUCCUCGGAAAGCUUCCCCAUGUUCUCCGCCUCUACUGAUAGCUCACACCCUUCCAAAUCCCUUGGUGUUUCAUAUUCGUCCAAUGGCCGAUUCCCAGAAAGACGUUCAUCGGAUGGCGGCCAGUCUAAUUCUUAUGGAGGGCGGUCUAGCACAUCAGCUAGAAGAGAAUCUAAUUUGGACCCAUCCCCAGAAGAAUUAGAAGAGGAUUAUGAACUGGAUGAGUCUAUGAUAGAAGCAAAUCGUGUUCAUCUCGAACGGCCUUCCAGCCCUCCAGCAUUAUUGACUGAAUCCACACCACUCGAAUAUCCAAUUUCUGUGGAUCAAUUCCAAACUUUGCACCCCUUGGCCGCUAAUGUCUCCGCGUACCCUUCUAUAGCGGGAGUCUUUGAAGAUCUCUCUCAGAUCCAGAUCCCUCUCGCUCCCGACACAGCUGAAUCGAAGCCAUGGAGCAUCGAGGCUAUCCUGAAAGAGGCAGUUCGGUACUACCAUAGCAAUAGUAGCUCUGUUGAUAUCCAGACUGCAGCGCAUUUGCUUCAGAAACUUCACGUUUUAUUUGAAGAUUGCGAGGAAAUUCUGCCUUAUGAGGAGAGUGAAAUGAUCUUCAAAACUUACAAUGAAUAUCUCAUUCGACACUCCAUGGAUCUGGAGGCUGCUGAGCUCCGCUUAUCCUGCGUACCCACCUACCCAGCUGUCUACGAUUAUGCACAAAUUGACACAUUUAUGAACGUGUUUUGCUAUACGUGUCAAAAGCCAUUUGAAAACCCCAAGCGUGAUAACACCCGUUGUCAUCGCUGCAGCACUCCACAAGCACCAUGCUCCAUUUGCAUGAGCAUUGACCCGCCCGCCGAAUGGGUCUCUGCACAACAAGAGCAGCAAUCAGCCCCCUCCGGUAGUGCAAGCCCCAACCCAGAAUCAGAAACAACAUCUCAUUCCUCUGUCCCGACUGAACUUGUUCCAAGUGCUGAACUUGAUCGAUUUGGUUCCUUUCCCGCACCCCGCCCCAUGGGCUCAGCUCUCUGGACCUGGUGUCAAGGAUGUGGUCAUGGCGGCCAUGUCGCUUGCAUGACUACCUGGCUUAGUGACAUAUCCAUCAGCGAAGGUGGUUGCGCUACUCCCGGCUGCUCGCAUGAUUGUGGACCAGGGCCCCGACGUGACUCGAAUCGUCAAGCUGAUUCCAAACGUCGAGACUCUGUUAGUCGCUCUUCUGGUGCUGGUCUCGUAAAACGUGAUCCCUGGAUGAAAACCGAAAGCAAUGCUGUCGAAAAGGUCCGUGGCAUGCUUGGUGCUGCUGGUGUUGUCGCUACCACUGGUGGAACUGUCUCGAAUACUUCAUCGGGUACUGGACAGCCUACCUCUGGAGCUGUGUCGCCUAAGAGGGUCAGGUUGGUGACACCUGGUGAGCAGGGUCGACGGAAGGGUCCAUCGAGUCGCUCCAGCUUUGCCCCUACAGAUUAA